AUGCCCUGCGGAUCGGGUUGCUGUGGUCCGCCUAAGGACCCAGCGUCGACCCCCGGACCAGCUGCCCUCCCUGGGACAAACAGCAGUCUCACCGUUACAGAUGACCGGAUUGCAGAUGGCGAUGGCAAAGACAGUACCGACAAAAUUGAAGAUUUGAAAGAUGGGGACGGCACCCAAGGCUGCUGCGGCUCUGAGGUCGACAAGCCGACCUUGGGCCGAGAAGUCAAUCCCACGGAUCUCAAUGAGAGCUGCCAGGAUCAGUGUUGCUCUUCAACCGCUGCUGAUGAAGAUGGCUGCAAGGCCGACAUAUCGAAGAGUGCAGACAAUUGUCAGGACGAUUGCUGUGGCACGGUCAACAUGGAACAAAGCGAUAAUGGGAAAAGCGUUAGCUCUGCGGGUGCCAAAGUUAUCGACUCUUGCUGCGCUUCCAACACGGCAACUGAAGACAAUUGCAAGAAGAAAUGUUGCGGCAACGACACCAUCAAAAACACCAAUGUUGCCCCCGCUGAUGAGGUCACACUCAAAGAUGAUUGUAAGAAGGGUUGCUGUGGUGAUUCCGUCAAAGAUGCAAGUAAGAUUGUCGAUGUUGCUGGCGACAACCCAAGCAAGCCAGACGAAAGCUGUGACCCAAAGGUCAACGCCGAAGGAAACCGCAACAAGGGAUGCUGCGAGAUAGUCGAGAAGACCAAGCCUAUCCAGACAAGCGGCACUCUGACUGCUCUCGAGGACGACUGCUGCGCCCCAGUUGCCAAGGCUGAAGAGAAUUGCAAGAAGGGAUGCUGCUCCUCCCCAGUCCCAAAGUCUCAGGAAGAGAAGGUUCCCAGCUGCUGUGAAGGCAAGACAUCUCCUUGCUGCGACUCGACUUGCAUUGAUCGUCUUGCUCUGCGCGAGUGUACCGGCGGCAUGCGUUCCAACAGAAAAACUCGACCAGGAGCGGAAGGCUGCACUGGUGGAAAAGACGGGAAGCCAUGCCGCGGCCACGCCCGCACCACUCGCGAGACCUAUCAGGCAAAGCUUGAAGCCUUGGGCUGCAUCUGCCGCGCCCUCCUCGCUCUCGGUCAAGAAUCAUGCUGCGCGCCCCGUGAUCGUUUGUCUGUUGAAAAGAAACGAGCAUCAAUCAGCUCGCUUCGCACCCGCAGUUCAGUUGACUCUUGUUGUGCACCAGGGCCGAGCAAACCGGUCUGCGCAACCAACAGAGGUCUCAAGACUAAAAGGUCUGGUGCAGACAUUACCAACGAUAACGACCUUGAGAGGGGCGUGUCUGGAAAUGAGCAUGUUGUUCUCAGUAUCUCGGGCAUGACAUGCACGGGUUGCGAGACUAAACUCAAGAGAACCCUUGCCACCGUGGACGCAAUCAAGAAUCUCAAGACUAGUCUGGUUCUUGCGCGUGCAGAGUUCGAUCUAGACGUCGGAGUUGGCUCGGUGGAGGAUGUCAUCAAACAUCUCGAACGGACGACGGAGUUCAAGUGCGAGAAGAUCACAAGCCAGGGCGCCAGCAUCGACCUCCUAUCUCAUGGCCGGCCAGAGGAUUUGAUCAGCCAGCCAUGGCCGGCGGGCGUCACAGACAUACGUGUUGUUGACAGCAAGACUAUCCACGUUGAGUUUGAUGCAGAGGUUGUUGGGGCUCGAGACCUGGUUGAGAAAGGUUGGAGCAAUCCCAUGGAACUUGCGCCCCCUCGAGCCGACCCGACACUUGAAGCGGGCGGCAAGCAUGUUCGCCAUGUUGGGAUGAUGACUUUGCUCUCCAUCAUCCUCACUAUUCCGGUUCUCGUGAUGGCUUGGGCACCUUUGCCGGAUAAUGAGAUUGCUUAUGGUUCAGCUUCUUUGGCAUUGGCAACUAUCGUUCAGGUUGCUAUUGCUGGACCAUUCUAUCCUACAGCGCUCAAGAGCUUGAUCUUCUCUAGAAUGAUUGAAAUGGACUUGCUCAUCGUGCUGAGCACUAGCGCCGCCUACAUCUUCUCAGUAGUGUCGUUUGGCUAUCUAGUCUCUCACAAGCCGCUCUCGACUGGGGAGUUCUUUGAGACAAGCACACUUCUCGUUACUCUCAUUAUGGUUGGCAGAUAUGUUGGUGCGCUGGCUCGUCAGAAGGCCGUUGAGUCUAUUUCCAUCCGAUCUCUGCAGGUGUCCACAGCGACAAUCAUCGACACCUCGGGCCAGGAAAAGGAAAUUGACUCUCGGCUGCUUCAGUAUGGAGAUACUUUCCGAGUUGCUCCCGAGUCUCGCAUUCCAACCGACGGCACAGUCAUUUCUGGUUCGUCUGAGCUAGACGAGUCUAUGGUCACGGGCGAAUCAAGAGUGAUCGAAAAAUAUGCAGGCUCUUCUGUCAUUGCAGGCUCGAUCAAUGGCUCUGGAACCCUCAACAUACGCCUGACCCGUCUGCCCGAGGACAACACAAUCAGCAACAUCGCCGGGAUGGUUGACGAAGCCAAGCUGUCCAAGCCUAAAAUACAGGAUAUAGCAGACCGAGUUGCGUCAUACUUCGUCCCAGUCGUAGUCACAUUGACGAUGAUUACAUUUGCCGUAUGGAUUGCCGUUGGAGUCGCUGUCCGCAAACAGUCUGGCUCUCAAGCAACGAUCCAGGCAGUCACAUACGCAAUUACCGUCCUCAUCGUAUCAUGUCCAUGCGCUAUUGGACUUGCAGUUCCUAUGGUGAUCGUCAUCGCUAGUGGAGUCGCUGCGGAAAAAGGCGUCAUCUUCAAGUCGGCCGACAGCAUCGAGGUCGCUUACAAGACGUCGCAUGUAGUUUUCGACAAGACGGGGACACUGACCCGUGGGGAAUUGAGCGUGUCUAAAGAAUCGUACGUUACUGGCAAUCCAGAAGCGACGAAAUCGAUGCUUCUUGGCCUCGUUGGUAGCAUCAAGCAUCCCGUAUCCGCAGCGGUUGCCGCCCACCUAAAGGCGAAUGGUGUAUCGCCAGCGCCGGUAUCCGAUUCCAAGACUUUGACGGGUAAGGGUGUCGAGGGAAACAUCUCUGGUCGCAAUCUCCGCGCUGGCAAUUCGCGAUGGCUGGGUCUAUCGUCCGAUCCCGCUGUCGAGUCCUUCUUGUCGCAAGGAUACACCGUCUUCUGCUUCACGGUCGAUGGGACGUUGGCUGCAUUGUUUGCGCUAGAAGACUCGGUGCGGCCCGAGGCUUUCGCAACCGUGUCCAAGCUGCAGGCCUCCAACGUCUCGGUCCACAUCCUUUCAGGCGACGAUGACGGAGCGGUACAGGCGGUUGCUUCUCAACUCAACAUACCCGAGGCUAAUGUGCACUCGCGAUGCAACCCCGCAGACAAACAGGAGUACAUUCAGCAUCUCUUAGCCACACCCUCCACCAAUGUGUCCAAAUCGGGAAAGAAGCCGAAGAAGCCCGUCGUGAUGUUCUGCGGAGAUGGAACUAACGAUGCUGUUGCACUGGCCCAGGCUACCAUUGGCGUCCACAUGAACGCGGGCACUGACGUGGCUAGAUCUGCUGCUGAUGUUGUCUUGAUGCGACCCAGCCUGACCGGUAUCCUCACCGCUAUCACGGUGAGCAGAAAGGCCAUCCAUCGGAUUGCAUUCAACUUCGGCUGGAGCUUCGUCUACAACUUGUUUGCCAUCUUACUCGGCUCAGGGGCUUUCGUCAACGCGCGCAUCCCACCGGAGUUUGCCGGCCUCGGCGAACUCGCCUCCGUCUUACCUGUCAUCGCCGCUGCGGUGCUGUUGCGUUGGAGCAAAUUGUAG